ACUUAUUUAUCUACUGUAGAACUUCGUUGAGUUGCCUGCCUUAGAUUCACAACAAUAUACUCAUUUUCUUGAAUCAAAACACACAUUAUAUAAACAAAAAUUAUCAAACAAUCGGAUUUUUACCUAUAGGAAGGAACAAACUCCGCAACUAGCAUGUGUUAACAUAAUAACUGUUACAUAUCGUGAGGUGGAAAUACACAGAACUCGAUCAAUCAACAGGCACAUAAUAAAUCUAUUAGUUCUGUUUAAGAUUUUCGGAUGACUAAAUAUACCUAGACCCACUUUUUGUAUAGUCACACACAUCCUAGAUCUAUAUGUGAGAACUGGUUAUGUACUAUUAUAAAAUGGAUCUAUAAUUGGAAACUAUUAAAUAGAUGACUCAAUAAAAAAAAAGGAGAAAAACAUUCAGUCGCUUUGGAAAUACUAGAAGAAAUGUGUUUGUUUAUUGGCGUUAGUUUAGCAAGAUGUUGCAAUAAUCUAUGUCAGAAGUUGUACUUUUACGAAGUAUUUGUCUAAGAAACUAUAUAAGUUACUAAGGUACAAACAGUUUACAAAUCUACUAUUAAAAGCAAAUCUAGAAGCUCGUGGUUCUUAUGGGACCAGUCCGAUCUAAUGUAUUACUUUCAGGUCAGGCUUUUGUUCAUAUCUUUACUGUUUCUAGAAGGGCAUGAUAACGUGUUCUGUGAGGAUAAAAAUGCCAUUCUCCCAUCUCGUCAGAGAGAAACUGGCAUGAUGUCGCAACGUAAAAUAAAACUGAACAUCGCAGAUUCUGACAUUGAUGGCAAUCUAAACCAAACUUCAGACGACGGAUUUAAUCUCCUCUUUCAAAGUAAUCCUGAAGAGUUACUUGAUGUUCCCGUUACUUUUGAAAAGUCUUUGCCAUCUUGGCUGAAAGGAAGUCUUGUUCGCAACGGCCUUGGGAUGUUUGAAAUCGGACCUCGAACGUUUCUUCACGCCUUUGACGGAUUCGCCAAACUCGCAAGUUGGAAAUUCUCAGGGAAUCCCACGGUACUGUUUUCUACUAAAUUUAUCAAGUCUGAUUUCUACCGAGCGUCAAAGAAAGCCAAGACAAUAGCGCCGUAUCUUUCAAACCAAUCUGUCUCCCCUGGGUUUAACCUCAUUGAGAAAUUGUUGUGUUUAAUAAGAGGCGUAGACAAUAUGAAUGUGAACAUUUAUGAGUUUCGCAACAGCAAUAACGGCAAAACAGAAUACGCGGCGAUGACCGACGUUUGGUCGGUCUACAAAAUUGGAUUGGAGAAUCUGACCACAGAGUAUAAAGCCAGUCCAAAGUUAACAAGCAAUAAGAACAAUGCCUGGGUGCUUGGUAAAGCCUUCUUGGACUUGCUAUCCUCUGCUCAUCCGUUGCCAGAGCCGGGUACCCAAAAUUACUUGACCUUUCUGACCAGCGUAGCAGUGCUGCCUUGGGUAAAGAGCAAAAUCAGUUUGGUACGGAUUAACUCCUUGAAGAAAAGAAGCGUCGUGUCAGAGUGGGGAGUGGAUAGAGUUCCGUACAUGCACUCCUUCUCAGUGACUGAAACCAAAGCUAUUCUCUUGGCCAACCCUUUCUUCGUAAACAUCAUGUGCAUCAUGAGAAAGGCGGAGCCUUUUUCUUGUCUAGACUGGCAUCCGAAGGAGAAUGGGACUCUCUACGUCAUCAAUUUGAAGUCUGGUAAAGUGAUGACUAUCACACUUCACAGUUUCUUCUCCAUGCAUCAUGUGAAUGCUUAUGACAUCAACGACCAAGAGAUCAUCAUGGACAUUUCAACUUAUCCUUCUCCAGACAUCAUAAAUGCUUUUCAACUUAGCGUCAUGCGAGAUCCCUUCGCCAGAAACUCCUUUGACGCUCAGGCCCACUUGAGGCGAUUUCACAUUGAUCUGAAAACCUUGCAAGUGCAUGAGCUCCAAUUACUUCCCUUUCCUGUUCUCAGUUUAGCGUCCCGACUAGACUUCCCGAUCAUUAACGAAAACUUCCGAUCAAAGAAAUAUUGUUACGUUUACGGGCUCGUUCUGAAAUCGGACAAUGUCAGCUUCGGAAAUAUGGCAAUAGUGAAAAAGGACAUGUGCUACAGUGGAACAGGGGACAGAACCUGGCAGCAGCCAGGUCACUACCCAGUGGAACCUUGGUUUGUUCCUAGACCAGGUGGGACUUCUGAAGAUGACGGUUUGCUGCUGGUUCCAGUUUUGGACGGACAAAAACGUCAGAGCUAUUUAGCAAUACUGGAUGCCGUUUCUUUAAGACUAAUCAAUCGAGCUUAUACGCCUACACAUAUACCAUACUCUCUUCACGGACGUUUCCUUACUAAUUAA